UGGUAACCUAACAGGGAGGUGUUAACUACUUUUGCUUCCACAAAGCGCCUCCCGUUAUCUCCGGUGCUGCUGCGCAAGAGCCAGAAGGGCCACUGCUACUGAUAUUCCCACCCCGCAGAAAAAAAAAGUUUUCGGUUUGUUGUGAGGAUAAAAAAAGAAGAAGCCGGAAACCGAGGACUCGUCUGGAAAAGAAGCGGAUUCUGCCACGGCGAGUUUGGCGACCACAUUAAGAUGAAGAACCAGCUUUGAGGACCUACGGAUGUCAAUCCCACCUUCGACCAUUCGGCUUGAGCAACACAUCCAACAAACGUUCCAAGUGGGAAGCUUUCCUGCAUAACCACCCUGGAGGAAAAACAUUAUCUUGACAAAUUAUUAUAUUUAUAAUCAGGACUGAUGUCGUCAAAACUGUGAAGUGUGUAAAAGGACUGAGUUUACCCAACGGCACUUACCUGGCACGGAAUGAUCUGGACUGAACUGAUCUCAAGUACAUUUGGCUGGAGACAGAUUAUCUCACUUUAGCUUCACCGUAGAGAAAUGAAUUUAAUUCAAGUUAACAAGGACUGACAUUGGCUGAUUUCUUAACUAAUACAUUUCUUAAGUACAAAAAGCUCUUUUCUGAGCCCCAGCCUUAAUAAAAAUCCAAUUCCCUUUGGUCUCCAACCCAGAUUCCCUUAAUUCUUCCAACCCUUUUCAAGAGUCUUGGAGAUUGUAUCGAAUAUUAGUGAGGAGGAAUCUUCUCCUCUUCCCCCCACAAAUUCAUACGACCUGUUUAUUCUGUCCAAACAUGGAUCUCCACAGGGCAGCUUUUAAGAUGGAGAGCUCCUCCUACCUUCCUAAUCCCCUGGCCUCGCCGGCCCUCAUGGUCUUGGCCUCUACUGCUGAAGCUUCUCGGGAUGCCUCAAUUCCCUGCCAGCAGCCACGUCCUUUUGGCGUUCCUGUUUCUGUUGAGAAAGAUGUCCACUUGCCAUUUAACAAUGGUUCUUAUACUUUUGCAUCAAUGUACCACCGCCAAGGUGGAGUCCCACCAGGAUUCCCCAACAGGGAUUUUCCUCCAUCCCUCCUACACCUCCAUCAUCAGUUUGCCCCGCCUAACCUGGAUUGCUCACCAAUCAGCAUGCUGAAUCACAGCGGCGUUGGCGCCUUCAGACCUUUCGCGUCUCCUCCAGAUGAUCGGGACGGAGUGCCCGGCGGGUAUCAGUCUGCUUUCACCCCAGCCAAGCGCCUCAAAGGCUGCCUGGAUGCAGAUGCUUCACCCCACCUGCGGUACUCUGAUGCAGAGGGGAAAGAGUAUGACUUUGGCGGUUCCCAGAUUCCUCCUGGAAGUUCUCCAAGCAGCGCCCUGAAAGCCGUCGAGGACAGUGGGAAAAAGAUCUUCGCUGUGUCAGGCCUCCUGUCUGAUCGAGAGACUUCCUCUAGCCCUGAGGACCGCAUUGAACGCUGUAAAAAGAAGAUGUCCCUGUAUGACAGUCAGGCUCCAGUUUGUCCCAUCUGCCAGGUGCUGCUGAGGCCCGGAGAGCUCCAGGAACACAUGGAGACGGAGAUAGAGAGGCUAGCUGCCGUAUGCUUCAGUAAGAACCAUUCACCCAAGGAUGGAGCAGCCACUCCAGGAACCCCCAAGUCAAUGCUGUUGUCGGUGCACAUCAAGCGUGAGGGAGAGUCUCCCGUGGUCUCGCCCAUGUCCUCGGAAGACGCCCACCACUCCGACAGAUACCAGACGUUUUUACGAGUUCGAGCAAACAGGCAAACAAGAUUGAAUGCACGUAUAGGAAAGAUGAAGAGGAGGAAGCCAGAGGAGGGGGGCCAGGUAUGUCCGCUGUGCAGCGCCCCCUUGGCUGGGAGCGAGGAAGAAAUGAGUAGACAUGUGGAACAAUGCCUGAUCCAGCGUGAGGGUGCGUUAGGCGACGAUGACUCUGCAGACAUGGAUGGAGAGAAUGGGCGGGGCUUUGAGGAGUACGAGUGGGCGGGGCAGAAGAGGAUCAGAGCCACUGCCUUGCUGGAAGGAGGAUUCAGAGGAACAGGUUUCGCCACGUGUAGCAUCAAGGAGAGCGCGGCAGACAGCGACGCAGACCUAGACGUGGACGGAGACGACACCUUGGAGUACGGCAAGGCGCAGUACACCGAGGCCGACAUCAUCCCCUGCUCCGGGGCCGGAGAGGACCAAGGAGAGGCCCGUGAGAGGGAGGCGCUACGGGGAGCCGUGCUCAACGGUGGGAUGCCUUCUAACAGAAUAACGCCUGAAUUCUCCAAAUGGGCCAGCGACGAGAUGCCUUCAACGAGCAACGGAGAAAGCAGCAAGACAGACCCCGGCACUCCUUCAUCCUCCUGCUCUUCCUCCUGCGCCCCGCGCACCUGUAAAAACAGCGAGAUCGAAAAGGUAACAGAGGAGGAGUCCACGGCUACCACCAUGGAGGCUCUGAAGGCUCGAAUCAGAGAGCUGGAGCGGCAGAUACUGAGAGGAGACCGAUACAAGUGUCUGAUCUGCAUGAGGAAGCCUGCUAUCCAGUCAGGCGCAGAGAUCAAGAGCCUAGGGGUGUGGCCAGGGCCCCGGCCACUGGCCAAUGAGGUCGGAGAGAGGCAGCCUAAGUCCCUCCCCCUCGGCUUGUACUGCCUGUACAGGGGCCUUGUGAUUGGUGGCUACGGCAGCGGCAUAAAGAGGCUCCUCCCACAGCCCUUACGGAGGGACUCCUACACGAUGCCGCUCACUUCCAUCCAGUGCUGGCACGUCCAUUGUGAAGAAUGCUGGCUCCGGACUCUGGGGAACAAGAAGCUGUGCCCGCAGUGCAACACCAUCACCUCGCCCGGAGACCUGAGGCGCGUCUACUUGUAAAGAGCACACCUCCCCUCCCAGUCCUUCUCCUCUUCGUCGUUCAGAUCCAUUCUUCAUGUCGGAAUCCAUCGCCCUCCCCGUCGAUCGUCCGUUUGUUUCUCCCCUCUCUCUCUCAUGGCCGGGGUCAGCAGCUCCAAACCCUCCCUAGAGCGGACAGAGACGAGACGGCUGUCUGAGACUCCACCUGCUCUUUUUCAGGAGGUUCAAACUCUUUAAGUGAAAGACUAAGCACUGACGCUCAACCACUCUAAAAAAGAAACGGAGACCUGCGGUCCCUCUGGUCGUUGGGCUUGUUCCCACCCUGACUCCCUGUACAUGUACCAUGGGCUCAUCCACUGAAGGACUUUUAAGUCAGUGGAGGACCCAGGCUCCAUGCUGCUGGAGCUGGACCUGAAAGUAACUCCUUCAUACAGAAUAUAAGACUUCUUUGUUCCCCCCCCCCACUUAGCUCUUCUUUGAUGGUGCUGGACAACGUGCUCUACCCUGAAGACCCGACAGAAAGUUCCUUUAUCUUUUUUUUUGGACCCCUGUCCCAGAGAGAAAAACUCGACUCUGAAUAACAGAAUAAAAAAAAACGGACUGUCCUCUAAAACUGAGCUUUCAACCAAACUGAGAAUAACCUCACAACCUUGAAGAGGAGCUUACACUCCUCUUCCUCCACCUCUUCUUCUUCUUCUUCUCGCGGGCCCUUCCCUCUCUCCACCCACCCCCCCCUUUUGUGGUGUUCUAGUGAAGUAAACCAAAAUGUCCCCCCUCUCCAAGAUGCGGUGCAAGCACAUGUAAUAUAGUUCUAUGUAUGUUUACAAUGUUGGGUGUAAAUGACAUAGAGUUCACACACACAUGUACACACACACAUUUCCAUGAGCAGACACACACAGAAGUAUAUAAUAUCAAAGUCCUGUUGUAAGUUGGAAGGGUCUGGGAAUGAUGUUUGGGGGGGGAAAAAAUGGCUGGAAUAAAAGAAGCCUUCUGUAUUUUUAAAAAAAGAUAAUUUGAAGAUCUGUGAUUUCUCUGUACAGGAAUGAAAACAUGUAAGUAAUAACUCAAGACUAGAUGGUCAAGGUUUAGCUGGUGUAAUUUUUCUGCAGAGUACCCUGAAAUACUGUAGAACACAAAGAAAAUAAAAAUCUUUUGUUAGUUUUAUCGAAUGAAGAGUUUCCUAUUGCCCAAGAUUUACUGCAAACGAGCAGAGCUAUGGAACUGUUCUUCUGUUGCAGCAACGUCCAACUGAGCCUCCACCUCCAUCUCUGCUUCCUCUCAGUUGGAGUUACAUCAGGCUCACAUCAUAGUCAAGAACCGUUUUGUUUUACCCCUACAUGUCUCAAAAGAAAGCUUUUCCCAUUGUUCUCAUACUGCUACGCUGCGAAAAAGGUCCCAAAAUGGCAACCCCCCUCCCCUGAAGGGCAGGUUCUUUCUAGCUAUAAAUAAUGAGGAAAGUGUCUGGAAAAGAAGGAUGUGCCGAGGCUGAACUGGCAACUUCCAGAAUCCGCAGCAUUACCCCCUUCUCUUUACGGCAGCAGCAACCAAGGUGGUGGUGUGCUUUGUGUUUGUAAAACUAUGUAUUCUGUGACGUCUGUAUUGUUGUAAGAAAUGCUGAAAAAAAAUGAAAAAAUAAAAGUUCUCAAAUACCA